AUUUAAAGGGCCCCGAUCAGGUGACUGAUUUCAGCCCCAGUCUGGGUCUCGGCCGGGAUUUUGGCCGGGGAGAGAGGAUGGGGGAGCCCUCGGUCUUAGCGCUCCCGGGCAGAUCCUGGGGAUCUCGGACCCUGGGCCUCUGGGAAGGCUGUGGGGUUGGGGUGUUUGUCGCGCUCAUCCCUCUGCUGUUGUCUCUGGAUGGCUUGGAGGCGAGGACCAGGAACGACUUCAGUCUGGUGCAGCCGCUGGUGACCAUGGAACAGCUGCUGUGGGUGAGUGGGAGGCAGAUCGGCUCGGUGGACACCUUCCGAAUCCCGCUCAUCACAGCCACUCCUCGGGGUACCCUCCUUGCUUUCUCCGAGGCCAGAAAAAUGUCUGCAUCUGAUGAGGGGGCCAAGUUUAUCGCCCUGCGAAGGUCCACCGACCAAGGUAGCACCUGGUCUACUACAGAAUUCAUUGUAGAUGAUGGGGAAGCCCCGGAUGGGCUAAACCUGGGGGCAGUAGUAAGUGAUGCGGACACCGGAGUGGUGUUCCUUCUCUACACCCUCUGUGCUCACAAGGUCCGCUGCCAGGUGGCCUCCACCAUGUUGGUGUGGAGCAAGGAUGAUGGCAUUUCCUGGAGCCCACCCCGGAAUCUCUCCUUGGAUAUCGGCACUGAGAUGUUUGCACCAGGACCAGGAUCUGGCAUUCAGAAACAGCGGGAGCCGCGGAAGGGCCGGCUCAUCGUGUGUGGCCAUGGCACGCUGGAACGGGAUGGAGUCUUCUGCCUCCUCAGCGAUGACCACGGUGCCUCCUGGCACUACGGGAUGGGGGUCAGUGGCAUCCCUUAUGGCCAGCCCAAGCGAGAGAAUGACUUCAACCCUGAUGAGUGCCAGCCCUAUGAGCUUCCAGAUGGUUCUGUCAUCAUCAAUGCCCGGAAUCAGAAUAACUACCACUGCCACUGCCGGAUUGUCCUCCGCAGCUACGACGCCUGUGAUACACUGAGGCUCCGAGAUGUGACCUUUGACCCUGAGCUUGUGGAUCCUGUGGUGGCAGCCGGAGCUAUAGCCACCAACUCUGGCAUUGUCUUCUUCUCCAAUCCAGCCCAUCCAGAGUCCAGAGUGAACUUAACCCUGCGCUGGAGCCUCAGCAAUGGAACCUCAUGGCAGAAAGAGACAGUCCAGCUGUGGCCAGGACCCAGCGGCUACUCAUCCCUGGCAGCCCUAGAGAACAGCAGCAUUGGAGAAGAAGAGUCACCCCAGCUAUACGUCCUGUAUGAGAAAGGCCUGAACCACUACACAGAAAGCAUCUCCAUGGUCAAAAUCAGCGUCUAUGGGACACUUUGAGCUGUGCCCUGCCCCUGGGGCAGAAGGUUCCAGACUCUGCCUUCCGGACCACAGCUUCUGCUGUAAAUACCUGAAGGACAGCUCCACUUUUCUUUACACUCUACCCAUUUGCCAAUUCAACUUCACUUUGACAGGGAGAUCACCCCUAUUAGAAUGAAAAACUCAGCUCCCCCCACCCACCCACCUGCCGGAAGUCCUGCCCUCUCCUGGUAGUACUUCCUUUCCACUACAUUGGGUCAGGCUGCUUCCCUUUCUGCCUUCCCAAGACAAUGGCUGCUCCUUUCUCGGGCAGGGCUAGGUGGGCCUAGAGAAAUGAAUAAAUGCAAACUCAGGAAAC